GGUUUAAUUACAGUAAUAACUUUAUGUCUCAGACUCAAACAGUAGUUAGUAUAUUAAAAAAAGGAGGCACAGUAGUUCUCGUAUAAACCCACAGUAGAGUGAGACAUGAGAGACACCAUGAUACCCUACAGGAGGAGUCUUUACUGUGUUUUGCUGGUGGCACUAAUAGGUGCACCAGGUUUGGAGGCCUGGGAGCAGAUUUCCUGGACUGGUGACGUGACAGCUGGUUUCAGCACCACUUUCACCUGUUCCUCUUCCUGCCGCCCAAACUGCACCUACACCUGGACCUUCGAGGGCCGCACAGUCAACGGGAGCACGUUAAUUUGGGCACCGAAUGGACUGGAAAAUACGGUGGUGUUACAGUGUAACGUGCUCAAUCCAGAAACAGGAGUCUCCAGCAGUAUGAGCUCCGUUGUAGAGAUUAAAAAUCGAGUGUCUGUGCAGCUCAGUCCACGAAACACUGUCCCAUCUCUCGACCGGCCACUGGACCUGGUCUGCCAUGGUGCUCCAUCAGGUGACCCCUCACACCUGGAGAACGAGGUGGUCUGGUACAAAGACGGACAGAAGGUGACCCUGCGUGAAAAUAUGCAACUGCUGCAAAACAACCUCACACUUCACUUUGACUCACUGCUGCCCUCUGACGCUGGAUUCUACCUGUGUGAGAGUUCCGUGCCGACGCUUCAGCAGACGAGAGUUUUCAGCCUGGGGUAUCUGCUCACCUUUGAUCCGUGGGUCGUCAACAUCAGCGGACGUGACACAGUGUUUCCUGGCAGAUUGAAUAAAUUCACCUGCUUGACGAGCUGUACCUUGAAUGUGGACUGUACAGUCAGGUGGGAGUUCAGGCACGGUUUCCCCACCGGAACCUACUUUGCUGUCCAUCAAAAUAAGCUCCUGUGGACUCCUUCCAUACCGGGUAUUGUCCAAAACUUCACCUGCAUAGCAGAAAAUACAGCUGUUGGACGCUCUGCUGAGGCCACCAAGAUGGUAGAAGUUAAAGGUGUUCCUGUCUCUGGGUCAGAGGCUUUGCAGCUCAGUGGACUGUUAACAGUGAUCGUCAGCGUGGGACUGCUGGUGCUUUUUGAUCCAUAGAGCUUAAACCUUUUUAAGCUUUAAUGAUUGUUUUUGCUGUUUUUGAAAUGUAUUUAUUUGCCUUUCUCUCUCCCAUAACACUAUGUUUAAUUUACAAUAUAAUAAUGAUAUAAUCUUCAUUCAUAAACCGCUUCUCAAAACAGAGUUACAAAGUGCUUUACAUGUCAAUAAUUAAAACAGACAAGGCAUGAAAACUUUUAAAAGAACUAAUAAAAACACAUGGUAUUUAAAAACUUAGGAAAUGACAGUCUAAAUGAACUUAAAACUUAAGUAGAAUCAGGGAAGGCUGUCUGAUUUUAAGUAUUUUUUAAGAAGGGACUUAAUCACUGACUCUAGGCUGUUCCAGUACAUCCUGGUGUGUACGGUACUACCAGGUCGGAGACAUAGCUGGGAGAGGGACCAUGAAGAGCCUUAAAAGUGAUCAGUAAAACCUUAAAAUCUAUUCUACAACAUACUGGGAGCCAGUGUAAGGAGGCUAAAGCUGGAGGGGUGCUAUCAUGUUUAAACACACUGGUUUUUCCAUUUUAAUAGACCAGCUUCAUGUCGUCAUCAAAUAUUGUGUACCCUGAAAUCCUGUAAAUAUGAGUAACAAAAUAACUGUUUUAUUAAGUCAUGAAACAAAAUGAAAUGAAAGUGUGUGUAUAUAUGUUUUUUUAGGAAAACAGUUCAAAAUUGUGGCCUAUAUAAACCCCAUAAUGGCACAGUUCCAAUCAAAAUACUAAUAUAUUUGACCAAUAUUUCAUAAUUAGUCAUAUACUUGACAGUGUACUCCUUUUACACAGUAUUAUUUAUGUGUCUUUCUCAUUGUUUGCAACAGCAGCAUCCAAAAUUAAUGUGAACCACAGGACUGCAAUAACAGAGUUUAUCAAUUUAAUGUGUCACCUGUUUUUCACCUGGUUACAUUUGACAGUGAAUGUCAAAUGUGACCUGAUGCAUACAAAGGUUCAGCACAAAUUUAUGGUGUAAUUUAAUUAAUAUACACACACAUACAGAGCUGCAGUAUUUUUUUACUACAGUGGAAUUUUCCAUUGUAUGUGUUAAAUAGUUUUAUGAAAGAUACAGUGACAUAGUUUUUAACUGUUGUCAUUUUCAUGGUGUUUGAGCGUUCAGCUGCCGUCACAUCCUGUUAAAAAAUGCUAACAUUUUGUAUUAUUAAAGGUCCAGCGUGUUGGAUUUAGGGAGAAAUUACUGGCAGAAAUGCAAUAUAAUAGAAUCAGUAUGUUUUCUUUAGUGUAUAAUCACCUGAGUGUCGUCUUGUUUUUGUUACCUUAGAAUGAGACAUUUUUAUCUACAUAGGGAGCUGGUCCUUGUCCACAGAGAUCACCAUGUUGCACCAUCAUGUUUCUACAGUAGCCAAGAACAGACAAACCAAGCACUGGCUCCUCUAGAUAGUGCCAUUCGCAUUUUUGCAUCCGCCACCAUAGUUAGUAGUUCCUCCGCAAUGAGACCAGGAACAGUGUCACACUAAAAAAACUCAUUUGUAAUGUGAAGCAGCGGUCUCUUGGAGAGAAAGAGACCUCUAUGGAUAAUCUGUCUCUGUAAAAACCUCCUGAACAAUGAAUGCUCAAUAAAUCCUAACUAGGAGUUCAUGCUUGACUCACAGAAGUCUCAGCUGGUCACCUGUAGAUGCCAGGAAAUCUUACAUACUGCUCUUGUUUUAUAAAUAAUAUCUCUGAUGGUGACACAUUUGUAAACCUUUUGUCGACACCGUUGCUGACUCUUGGUGUUUCCCAGCAUCAUGAGACAUUGUUUGACUUGAAGUUGACCUCUGACCUGGAUGUGUUACUGAUUCACUUUUUGUGAAGUCACCUUCUACGUAGAGAAUAACUGACUUAUUAUACUGAUGUGUUUUUAAAGCGGCUGC